GCUGCUGAGCUGUCUCUCGUGGGCCACAACAGCACCCCUGUCUCUUGGUCUGUGGAACUACUUGGCCAUUUCUCCCUAUAAAUCAGCUCCUUUAGUCCAGUAAGCAACACCCCUUCCUACUGAGAUCUUUCAUUGAGUGUGUUUCCGGGACAAUCUGCAGCAAAGCUGUACACAGGGGUCAUGGUCUUCCUUGGGAGCGCAGUGAGGCGAGUGUUGUCAGCAGUGAGGCCUCCUCUUGCUCCACUUUGCCGGGCAAGCACUCGGUCCUACAGUUCGGAGCCCACCAAGGAAAAGAGUGUUCCCUAUAAAAAGACACUCAAACAGGAGGAUGGAGCCUCCUCAGGACCCACUAAGCCCUUACCCAGGUCAGCUGAUGUGGUGGUGAUUGGAGGGGGGAGUCUCGGCUGUCAGACCAUCUACCACCUGGCUAAAAUGGGAAUGACCGAUGUAGUUCUGCUGGAGAGAGACAGACUGACUGCUGGCACCACCUGGCACACUGCAGGCCUGCUGUGGCAGCUGCGUCCCAGUGAUGUUGAGGUGGAGCUCUUGGCCCACACUAGGAAUGUGAUUAGCAAAGACCUAGAGGAGGAGACGGGUCUGCACACAGGCUGGAUCCAGAAUGGAGGACUCUUCAUUGCUUCCAACAAGCAAAGACUUGAUGAGUACAAGCGCCUCAUGUCGCUGGGUAAAGUUUAUGGUAUCGAGUCCUACGUCCUUUCACCGGCGGAGACUAAGGACCUGUAUCCUCUGAUGAAUGUAGAUGAUCUGUAUGGAACGCUGUACGUUCCAAAAGACGGCACCAUGGACCCUGCAGGCACCUGCACCACCUUGACCAGGGCAGCCUCCGCCAGAGGAGCCACGGUGAUCGAGAACUGUCCUGUGACUGGCAUUCAAGUGGGAACAGAUGACCUCGGGGUGAAGAGGGUCAAGGCAGUGGAGACCCAACAUGGCACCAUUGAGACACCUUGUGUAGUGAACUGUGCAGGUGUGUGGGCCACCAAGCUGGGAGAAAUGGCCGGAGUCAAAGUUCCUCUCAUUGCAAUGCAUCAUGCCUACGUGGUAACGGAGAGAAUUGAGGGCAUACAGAACAUGCCAAAUGUCAGGGACCAUGAUGCGUCAGUGUACCUACGUCUUCAAGGUGACGCUCUCUCUGUGGGUGGUUAUGAAAGAAACCCCAUCUUCUGGGAUGAGGUGUCUGAUAAGUUCGCCUUCAGCCUGUUUGAUCUGGACUGGGAUGUCUUCAUGCAACAUAUUGAGGGUGCAAUCAACAGAGUUCCUGUUCUGGAACAGACUGGCAUUAAGUCCACUGUCUGUGGACCAGAGUCAUUCACAGCAGACCACAAGCCAUUGAUGGGAGAAGCACCAGAGGUCAGAGGUUUCUUCCUGGGCUGUGGCUUCAACAGCGCUGGUAUGAUGCUGGGAGGUGGCUGUGGUAGAGAGCUGGCUCACUGGAUCAUACAUGGGCGCCCUGAAAAGGACAUGUAUGGCUAUGACAUCAGGCGCUUUCAUAACUCGCUGACAGACAACAAACAGUGGAUCAGAGAGAGGAGCCAUGAGUCGUAUGCUAAGAACUACUCUCUGGUGUUCCCCUUUGAUGAGCCGCUGGCCGGCCGAAACAUGAGGAAAGAUCCUUUCCAUCAGGUGCUCACACAGCAGGGCUGCAUGUUCCAAGAGCGGCAUGGCUGGGAGAGACCUGGCUGGUUCAACAAAGAUGGACCUGUUCCCGUUAAAGACUACGAUUAUUAUGGAGCUUACGACGCGAAGAUAAAUGUAAACUACAAAUACAAUGAACUGCUGGGUAAAGAGUACACCUUUGACUUCCCUCCGCAUCACGGUGUGAUUAAGAACGAGUGUCUCUCCUGUAGACAUGGUGUGGCAGUGUUUGAUAUGUCCUACUUUGGGAAGUUCUAUCUCACUGGACCUGAUGCCAAGAAGGCAGCUGAUUGGCUGUUCACUGCUGAUGUCAACAAGAAGCCAGGCUCCACUGUGUAUACCUGCAUGCUGAAUAAAAGAGGAGGGGCAGAGGCUGACCUGACUGUGAGCAGACUGGAGCCUGGAGCUUCCAACCUGCCCCUGGCACCAGAAUCCAAUGGUGAUGCAUAUUACUUGGCCAUUGGAGGCGGAGUGGCAGAACACAACUGGAACCACAUAAGAACAGUUCUUCAGGAUCAAGGCUUUCGCUGCCAGCUGACAGACCACUCUGAGGACAUGGGGAUGAUCAGCAUCCAGGGGCCCAAAAGCCGGGAGGUUUUACAGGAGGUUUUAGACACAGAGCUGAGCAAUGAUGCUUUCCCCUUCUCUACACACAAAGUUGUCAAUGCAGCAGGACAUCAGGUGCGAGCUAUGCGCCUGUCAUUUGUCGGAGAGCUUGGCUGGGAGCUGCACAUUCCCAAAGACUCCUGCCUUCCAGUCUACCAUGCUGUUAUGGCUGCUGGUGCAAAGCACGGCAUCAUAAACUCAGGCUACAGAGCCAUAGACUCGCUCAGCAUAGAGAAAGGGUACAGGCACUGGCACGCAGACCUGCGCCCUGAUGACACACCAUUGGAGGCGGGGCUUGCCUUCACCUGCAAGCUGAAGAGUUCAACCCCGUUCCAGGGUCGUGAUAUGUUAGAGAAACAGAAGGAGGAGGGACUGAAGAGGCGCAUCGUCUGCUUCACCACCGAUGAGAAAGUACCAAUGUUUGGUCUGGAGGCCAUUUUCCGCAACGGUGUUCCCGUUGGUCACCUCCGACGUGCUGACUAUGGCUUUUUUAUCGACAAAACUAUUGGUUAUGGAUACAUCCGCAACCCAGAUGGAGGAGUGGUGAGUGCUAAUUUCGUAAGGAGCGGUGAGUUUACCCUGGAAAGGAUGGGAGUAGUAUACAAGGCCAAAGCACACCUCAAAUCUCCAUUUGACCCUGAGAAUAAACGUGUCAAAGGCAUCUAUGAUUGAGAAGGACCGCAUGUGUGAAAGCUGAAGAAAAACACACUAGCUAGAGAACAACACAAAAUUUGGAGGGAUUUGCAACUGUUGUACAAGCAGCGUCUCAAAUGUUGUUAAUUAAGGUCCGGUUUGAUGGGACUGAUGCAAAUCUUCUGUGCUCAUUUUAAGGAUGAUGAAAAAUCUGCAUCGGUUAGAAUCUGAUAUGACUGGAUUGUUAAGGGUGCUUCAGUUUCUCAGCUCCACAUUUUUAUAUCCACUCUGGGUUUGUGAGUAACAAUGUUCAGCUUGAAUUUUCUCAUGCAAGUACUAAGACCAUAAAAACAUUCAAGAGAAGCACUGAUCUCAUUAUCUCUAAGAGUCGAGGGAUUUGUGGCCCAGAUUGCCGUCAUCUUUCCAGAGUUUAACUUAAGGACUUUAAUAAAUGAUGAUGUAUUUUAAAUUAGUUUGGGGAAUAAUAACUAAACCAUCUGUUGGUUCUUUACAUAUGUCAAAGGAUCAACAACCAGACAUAGUCAAAGCACAUGGUUAACUGUUAAUCUCUGACUAACCCUGUCAAGAGAGUUUUCAGAGUAACACUUUGGGUGGGAUUUGAAUGUGUGUGUGUGUGUGUGUGUGUGUGUGCGUACGCACGUGCACUUUUGUUUUCUACAAAGCAAACAGCUGAUACAAGGGCUAAACAGCAUGGUUACAAAUGCAUGUGUUUUUAUCCAAACCUAACCUUUAUUAGAAACAAUAUUAUUAGUCAGGCUGUUAAUUUGAUUUUGCCCUCAGUCAUUAUAUUAUAUAAUACUGCUGUACUGUCGUAGUCGUGUCUAAUUUAUCACAAUCCCACAGUGUAGUGUAUUGGGGAAUAAAAGUAUUCUCAUAACAAUACAGACAUUUACAGAGAGAAUACAGUGAUUGUUGUUUGUGCUGAUAAGAUGACAAAAACCAGAGUUUUGUGGGUGUUUUUUUUUUUUUUUUUUUUUUUUGCUUGUAUGUUAUCAAAAUCUGCAGCAGACACACUGAGUGUUUAUUAGAGCUGGGGGAGAAAGGAAGGAAAAAAACACCCACGGGCACAAUGUGCCGGGGAACCAAGACACUGACGAAGCAGAAUAACAGAAGACAACAGUUUUUCAGAAAGUAGUUUUGUGAAUCGAUCUUUUGUUUUCUGAUCUGUCCCCUCGUGGCCGUGCUGUUUGGUACUAAUGUGCCAAAGCUGUCUCUGUUCUUUAACAGAUACGUGGUUAUUAAAUAAGGAGAGCUGUUAAUAUAAGCACUUUGUCUUAUUAUGAAGCAUCUACGGGAACCUUUUGAGCAAGGAUCGCUGUAACUUCAUCACUUAAUACUUAAAUUUGAAACUAUUGUCUUAGGGUAAGAAAGUGAGUAAAGCAGGACAUCCCAUUAUAAAUGGCAUGUUGGGAAAAAUAUGCCAUUUAUAAUGGCAUGUUUUUCCCAACAUGCACAUCUUUGGUGCAGGACUUAAAACCCUUAAACCAAAGAAAGGAGGGAAAACAAACACCUGGCACGUUUAAAAUGGGUGCUGUUGUUUAUAAUUAUGCUUUGUGUUUUCAUGAGUAUCUACAAUCUGGUUUGACACUUUAUUGAAUAAAUUAUCAGAACAUAAUGUUUUGUUUACACCAACUUACUGUACAGUGAUACACUUCAGACUAAUUGAAAACCAAAGUCCAUUGCAGGCACUGUGAACAGCAGCCAAAAAAAAAAAAAAAAAAAAA